GUAAUGCUGAAAUAAAAUGAGCCGAACAAAUGUUUCGUGUGUAAAGUGGGUGGACUUUGGUGACCACAUGAUUUCCACCUUCCUGGAAGUGUACCUGAACAGCGCGUAUACGGACGUCACCCUGGUGCUGGCUGAUGGAGGUCAAUUGGUAGCCAGCAGAAUGGUACUUUCGAUGGCUUCGAAGUUUUUUGCCGACAUUUUUCAAACAGCCUUUAAUUCCGCGGGAUUUUACUCUCGCGAUGCUCAAGAAAGUAAAAUAAUGAUCCCUGAUGUAAAAUUUGGCGUAAUGAAGAAUGUGCUGAAUUUCAUCUAUACUGGAGAAGUGAAUAUGAAUGCUCGGGAUAUGUCGGACUUUUUCGAAGUUUGUAAGUUGCUCCAACUUAAAGGACUUGACUAUCAAAAUGGUAACAUAAGUGGUGUAAAAAUAAGCGGCUCAAACAUAAUCACACCUGUGCAAUUCGACUAUGAAGAAGUGCAGGAAGUGUAUGUUGAAGAAUCAACGAAUAGCGUCGUAGAGGUGUCGGAAGUAAACAUUGCUGAAGCUGGAAAUAAUGACUCUGUAGAAAAUAACAGGCAAACGUCUGAGGAAACCGGAAUUCCCGCAAUAACAGAAGAAAUGGCUGAAUAUUAUGAGGUUGACGUUGAUAUUGGAGUUUUGGACACAAACACCGACAGUGAGGAUUCGAAGCCGAAUUAUCAGCAAACGGUUGUUGUGCAUAACGAAAAUAUAAAUGACAUAACCGUACAUACUUCCGACGAAGAACAUUGCAAAUUUACAGUAGAAGAAAUUGGAGAAUCUAGCUGUCAAUUGAAGAAACGGACGAAAACCACCGAAUAUGGUACAAGGCUUAAUGAAGCGAUAAAUACAAUUAUCAAUGAUGGAGCCAGCUUUCGAACAGCUUCUAUCCAAUUUGGUAUUCCGAAAACUGUUCUUUGGCGUAAAGCUAUUAAAGCACCAAACUAUAAGGCCGAACGCAGUGAGUUGCCUUCGCCUCGAAAGGAAGCAAUCGAAGCACUGAAAUCGGGUGAAAAGCUACUAAACAUCAGUAAACGAUUAGAUAUACCGCUAUCCACGCUGCAUCGGGACAAAUUGAAACUAUAUAGUGAAGGCAUUCUACCGGAUAACGUUUCAUUGAAGCAACGAGACAAGGGUUUAGAUUUUAAAGACCGUGUUCUGGAAGCUGCACAGCAAUGUGUUGCUGGCUACAUGUCACAAUCGGAAGCGUCCAAACUGUACAAGCUGCCGAAAACGACAAUAUGGCGAAAGAUAAAAGCAUUGAAGGGUGAAAGUAACAAAAGCAAGCACGAAGAAUCACCGGUGCACACGGACUCGGUCGGGGAAGGGUUGAAGUCCGAAAUGAUUGAGAUACUGGCGGAAAACGAAAGCGAUAGUGUAGGAAUAGAGGAACAUCUUGAACCAGAGUUUGUGGUUGGGCUAUUGUAAGCACAAAUUAAAAAUGAUUUUGAAUAUUACUUCGAAAAUUAAUAAAACCACGCCAGCCAGAAAUUUAAAUACCUAGUACCUAAUUUGAUCCAUUCAUGUGUGGAAAAUCGUUUCGCUAUAUUUUU